AUUCACGACGCAGCUUUUCAGCUGUUGUUUUCUCCUCUGCCAUGCCUUCCGUGCCUUCAAGCCGCUAGCAUACGAGAUACGAGCCGAGAAACCCCUGUUUUAUAAGGUAUCCGUCUCUGCCGUGCAUUUCAUACGGCCGUGCAUUAAAAGAACAUUGUGAGUUUUUUUUAAAGGGAAGUCAUCGUGGAAGCUUCCUGGCUUGUUCAGUUCCACGAGGCUUAUUUCUCCCAACAACUUCGAGGCCGGCCCUCAGUCGCCAGUUCAAGAAAACUAGAUAACAAUGGCCAAGUGGGGGGAGGGAGAUCCACGCUGGAUUGUGGAAGACCGCCCAGAUGCCACCAACGUGAACAACUGGCACUGGACAGAGAAAAAUGCAGCUGCAUGGUCCAAGAAGAAGUUGGAGAGCUUACUUGUUGGACUGGUGAUAGAUGAUGAAAAAGUUGGACGUGGUGAGAUUACCAAGAUCGAUAAAUGCGACGGCGAUGCCUCCGCCAACAACCGCAAGGCCAAGCUGAUCUUUUUCUACGAGUGGGACCUGCGACUGGAAUGGAAGGGCAAGCUGAACGGCUCCGACGCCGAACACCACGGCACGGUGGAGGUCCCCAACCUCUCUGACGAGAACGACGAAAGCGACCUCGACAUAAGCGUUCAGAUCAAGUCGACUGGUGCCGGCACUGAGGUAAUGAAGGAGAUGAUGAGGAAAAAGGGCGCCGAGAUCAUUAGGAAGAAACUAGGCGAAUAUGUGACCGCAUUAAAGACAGAAUUCACGACCGGCAUGAUUUUGCCCAGCAACAAGCAGCAGAGUGGUGGAGCGAACAAUGCGAAACCCACCGUGACGAAGACCCAAUUCAACAACGCGGCCAACAACCUGAGCCGGAUGGAGAAGCUGGACCUUGGCGUGAAGCUGUCCACGCUGACGCACAACGACACGCAGCAGUUCAAGUGUACGGCGCAGGAGCUCUACAACGCCCUCACCGUCGGAGAGAUGGUGCAGGCGUUCACGGGCGGCCCGGCCCAGCUGGCCACCGAGAAGGGCGGCGCGUUCAGUCUGCUGGGCGGCAACAUCAGCGGCACGUUCCAGGAGCUCAGUCCGGCCACCCGGCUGGUGCAGCAGUGGCGGCUCAAGUCGUGGCCUGAGGGACACCACUCGACUGUGACCCUCGAGUUCGACCAGAAGGACGACUGCACCGAGCUGCGCCUCACUCAGACUGAGGUCCCCGCCAGUGAACUGGAGCGCACAAAGCAGGGCUGGCAGCGGUACUACUGGGACGCCAUCCGGCGAACGUUCGGUUUCGGCGCCGCGUUUCUGUAGGACAGAGCCGUGGUGGGAGGGACGGCAACUUGAGUCACCACGUCAGCGCCCACCUGUGAACAGACUGGCCCGUGAUCGUCCGACGCUCUCUGUCUCGCCUAGGCAGUGCCCGGGGAGGAAGUCCGUCAGCUGUGAAUGGCGCGGAUCUCCAAGGGCGGAGCGAGGCCGGAGCGAGCGGAACGAGACGGAGAAUCAGGCGCUUCUCAGCUGUAACUUAUCGACCUCGCUGUGCCGCGACGCGCUUCGGACGGACAUUUUGUCAAGUGUGGUGGAUGGAGAGGUUGCCUUUUCGUGUCCGUGGGAGGAAUCCGAUUCAACGUGUCGCGAUGCCCCGUCUAAGGUGCACGCGUGUCCGGGGGCGGGGUAGGAGCUCGGGGUGACACUGGUCGGCGGUCAUCUGAAGACAAACGAAGGGGCGGGCUGCUGACGAAUCUUUGUUUUGCGUAAGGCCAUCUGGUUACCUGAGAGCAAUGUCAAUCCUACUUUCUUAUGGUUUACGAGUCUCAGUUAAAAAAAGCAUGUGUUACGGUACUUCAGGUAAUGUACAACUGUGUUGGCGUGGUUCAAUUGUGGAUCGUGGAAAGACUAGAUAUGUACCCAAGAUAUUGUUGUUUCAGUUUUGCGAUUCGGUUGUGCUUACUUCGAUGAGAUUGAACAAUAAUAUGCGGCGGAAGAAA